GUCAAUUGCGCUGCACCGCAUAGCAUCUAGCGCGGGGCAGGCAAGGGCUUGUGGGAGAAAGCGUGUGGCACUGACACUGUGAGCAGGCACGCAAUUGCGUCGCUCCCAGUGUAUCCGCGAUUACAUAAUCCACCGCCUAAUCUGCCCGUCUCGAAUGUUCGGCCUGGUGCUGUCUGGUGACAUUUCAUAUGUCUUGAAAAACACAUCCUUGCACAGAGACGGUAAACAUCUACGUUAUGUCCAACCAGUCAGGAAUCAACUGUUCUGUGGAGCUUGUGGAUGCAUUUAAGGAUUAUGUUGCCGGCUCGGAGCGGGCAUUUUUGAUGUCCAUUGAAGACGAGCGGGUGGUGCCCAAGGGCGUGGUCGCAGGUUCUGGCGACUUGAGACGGGACCUUGAUCUGUUGCAGAAUGCAGUGGCCGACCAGGCGGUGUAUUUAGUGGUGCGCAACGACGACAUAUCGGGUAAAUUCAUAUUCAUCUCGUUUGUGCUGGACAACGCCCCGGUGAGAAGUAAGAUGCUGUAUGCCUCGACGAAAAAUACUGUGAUUAGACAGCUGGGGGUGGAAUUUUUCCACCCAAUUGUGUUUAUUAACGACAAAGAUGAACUGAGUGGGGAUGCGUAUGAGACUCUGCUUGGCACAGAGGGCGCAAAGCCACUAAGCUCAAGCGAGGAGUCGCUGGCUGCAGUGAAGCAGAUGGAGCUGCUAAAUGGGGGUGGUAUCGAGAGACGGAAACAGCAGCUAGUCGGCACCGGUUCAAGCGGACUGAACAUGAGCGUGGAUGGCCACCUGCUGGAUAAUCUUAGAAGGCUGGAUACGGGCCAGACCGCGACGAUUGUCAUCAGCGGGGACGAGCAGUUCCGCGUCGAUGGCACCGCCACUGCUACGGGGCUCGGCGACAUUGCCUCCACAAUCCCCACACAUUCCCCCACGUAUACGGUUGCCCGCUUUGGCAACGGAUACUACUUUGUCUACUGCUGUCCGUCCGGCUCGAGAGUGCGCGACCGCAUGGUGUACGCGUCGAGCAAACAGGGCUUGUUGAACGACCUGAAAAGCGGUGGCAUUGACUUUAUAAAAGUGGUGGAAGUGGGCGACCCAGACGAAAUCGUCGCCGACGAAAGACCCCUGCCGGCCCCUGCUGCCCAAACUUUCCACAAGCCAAGAGGCCCAAGAAGAAGAUAGAGGUAUUUAGUUGUUCUGAUCGGUCCAGAGAGUGUCCUUUGCUGACUCGGAGUUGUACUUGACGAGUUUUUUGCGCUUGCCCGGGUUUUCCACAGCGCUGGUGGUGCGGGCGAGUCUUUUUUUGGUUUUCUUAGCUCCGUAGCUGCCUUUGAGCGUGUUCAUGUCUGUGAAGAUGAUCUGAAACUUGCCCGAGCCGGGCUCUGGCCGUCGGCGCGGUGGCGGCACGGGUUUCUGGUCCUGAAAGAUGCCAAUCACAGGCUCCAUAUUGGACGCCGACUUGACCAGCUGGCACGGCACGCUUUUGAACUGCGACUUCGCCACCGGCGUCGGCGACAUUUGCGGGGCGGGGUUUUGUUUCUGUGCAGAUGCAAGAACAAUCGUCGACGGCGAAGAUUGGUGGUGGUCCUUGAGAGGCGUCUUAAAAUUGCUCGGCGUGUUUGUCUUAGCACUCAGCCGUCUCACGCUCGUGCUUUGCAGCAGCUUCGGCGUAUGGACAAGCUCGUGCAGCGGCGUCUUGAAGUUCGGCGUAUCCAUGUUGGCAAACAGCGGGUGAUUUUCUUUGUUGUCGUUCUCGAUGGCUAGCAGCGCAUUGAGGUCGUACUGGUUCAUGGUGGGCGUGUCGAUAAAGAAGUCCGACAGCUUGAGCGUCUUGUCGGGCGCGGGCGUUCGCAUUUCCUGCGUCUCGAAGUUGCCCGGCGAGGACCCCGGCGCGCGCGUUCGCUCCAUGUUGGUCAUAAACACCUUGUCGAUGUAGGGCGUCCAGCCGGUGCCCGACACCUGCGACGUCGCGGUUGCCGGCGGCGGCGGCUGCACGCUGGCGUCCUCAAAUAGCUGGUCAAACAGUUUGGACGGCGAUGAGCUCAGAUAAUCAUGGCGGGUCAUAGCUGGGGCAGCAAACAAGGGUCUGUUUACUGUUUCACAAGCAAAAAUUAGGUAAACAAAUAAUUUGAUCGUGCUCCAAGCCACAGGAGGAGCGGAAGGUUAGAAUGCUGCGCCACACGCAAAAAAUAAGUAAACAAAUGCCUAGGGACCCGGAGUACACCGAUUACACGGAGGAGACGGCAGAAGAUGACUCCGUGGGGGCCGAGGACCAGAAUGCCCGCCCCGCUGGUAAGAAGUACAUUCUCAACUCCAACUUCAACGAGCCCUCGCCCGAACACAAACAAACACCCCCCACCGACUGGAUGCCCGAGGUCCUGCAGCAUGAGCACUGGCCGGAUACACAGGACGCCUCUAAGGACGCCUCUCAGGACCCCUAUUUGUCAUUGGGAGAGACAAACACGCUUGUGCGUCGCCAGGGCGGCGAUGAGGCCGCGUGGAGAAAGUACAAGGACAACCGGUUCAGAGCCGGUUUGCAGGGCUUGCCGACCUCGUCGCUGCCGCAGGACCCGCCCACGGUAGACACAUUUGGCCGCAGCACAGAGCAUUCGAUCAUCCCGUCGUCGCCGCUCAAGCUGUUUGGCAAGCAGGACACCUACACGACGGAGCGGUUCAGGGACAUGCUGAACAAGAUCGACGGGUCGGACGGCGCGCGUGCGGACGGCGACGGGUCGCCUGCGUCGACGCGAUCGUCGUCGCACGCGUCGUUGCAGCUACUUCUGCGAAACUCCGAGGAACUGUUUAAUAAGCUGAAAAACCGCACGCAGCCGGCACAAAACCAGGAGGACAGCGACUACACGGACACGGAAACGGCCGAGUCGGGAGUAUUCGACUCACCGACACCGUCGCGGCCCGACAUCACCGCGUCGCUCGAGCUGCUCAAACAGAAGCUCGACCUGAGCAUGUCGGGCGAGGUCGACCAGAAGAUGUCUGUUCCAAAGAUAAAAAAACGCGACAAGCGGCCAGGAAUCAAGUUCAUCCCUGGCGACGAGUUCAAGGGGAAGGUGUUUGACAAAAGAGCCAACAAGUUCGUCCCCGUCGAGGAGUACGUUCCGGACGGCGACGCCGACGGCGGGUCGAUCGACGCGCUCAACGAGAUCUCCGACCUCGACGACGAGAUGUCCUUUUUGCAGGCCAAGUCGCGGCUCGUUGCGGCAAUCACCGAGCAGUACCCUUCGGAGGACUGGCUCCGCCUUGAAAAGCUGUCUCUUGCCGCUCGCAGGCUCGAUAAGCUGCGCGACCUCGACCGGUUCGUGCUGCACCUGCGUGUGCUCGACGCGAGCGAAAACGAGCUCACGCACACAGAGGGCAUCCCCAAAUCCAUCCAGGUGCUCAAGGCCAGCGCCAAUGCCUUUUCCAGCAUGAGCAUGUUCAAUUUCGACAACUUACAGGUUCUUGAGCUGCGCAACAACCGGCUCACAAACCUGCGCGGCCUCAAACUGUACAACCUGAGCAUGCUGGACGUGUCAUACAAUGCAAUUGACAGCCUGCAGGGCCUGCAAAAUCUCAAGAUGCUCAAGAGCCUGAAGUUGGCGGGCAAUAAUCUCUCCGGGAGCGUUGAUUUUGGCUCCCUCGACAUGUUGCAGGACCUCGACGUGGACGAGAACGGUAUUUCCGACAUUUGCGGCCUUGACGCGCUGCCCGCGCUCACCUCCGUGUCUGCGAACCGCAACAAACUAGCCGGCUUCCGCUGCAGCAGCAGUUCAUUGCGUCGACUGUGUCUGAGCUACAACAACAUCAAGGAGCUGGACUUGGAGCCUUUGACGGAGCUGCGUGUGCUGAAAAUUGACCGCAACCCGCUGGCGUGUCUUUCCGGCCUCUCGGACAAGCUCGUACAGGUCUCUGCCAAAUAUCUUCAGUCGCACGCUAGCAACGACGUGCUUUUGGCGCCGCUCUACAGACUGCAGAAACUGAACCUUUGCGGCAGUCUUUUUCCCACUAAAGGCUCUCUGUCCGCCAUCACGGUGCUCAAUCUGUCCGCGAUGAAUCUCGAGACGGUGCCCGACCUUGCCAAAUGGUUUCCGAUGCUGACGGACCUCGACCUCAACUUCAACAAGAUCCACUCGCUCUCAGGCCUUUCCGGACUGCGGUUCCUGCGCGAGCUCAAACUUCUGAGCAACAGCAUCAGAGACCUCGCGUCGCUCGUGCCGCACACACGCUCUUUCCGCAAGACACUCAAGCUGCUGGACUUACGUGUGAAUCCAGCCACCCACGGGCUGUAUCCAUACGUCUUCUACGACGACGAGCCGGACGACGAGUCUGCCGCGGAGAUGACACUAAACCUGAAAGACCACGAAGACAUCGAGGCGUUCUCGGUGGAGUACACGAAGCUUUACGAGAAGGACGCAAUGGAGAGCUGGACGCAGAAAAACGCGGGAUAUGUGCAGCAGAUCGAGGAAUCGCGUGCAUUGGCGAGACGAACGUACGAGAGCACGCUGAUUGGCUGGUUCGAGAAUAUCAACUAUCUGGACGGGCUGUGGGUGAGCUACGAGAGACGCGAAAGAGAGCGCCGGCAUCUGAGGUACGGCUGA